AUGUGUGUGUGUGUGUGUGUGUGUGUGUGUGUGUGUUUAUUAGGAAGAGCAAGUGUGACGGGCUCUAGUGUGUGGUGAACCCUCGCAGUGGUAACAGUGCAUUGCGAGUGUCGUCUGGAGCAGCAGCAGCAGCAGCAGCAGCAGCAGCAGCAGCAUGCCUGCAGUGCAGCGGCGCGGCAGUGGGUGUCCGGCCAGCGCGGCCCCUGGCCCUGAGUACAAGCUGGUGCGGCACGAGGUGAGGCGCGCCUCCCUGGAGGGCGCCGCGACGCCCCAUGGCGUGGGCGAGGCCCGGGAGGAGGUGCUGGCGCGCCUGGACCAGCUGUUCGAGGACCUGGCCGUCACCCGCCGUGACGGCCGCCAUUGCGAGGUGGGGCGCCGCCCCAGCAACACGGCGGGCACUGCGCGGCGCCCCUCCAGCAUGGUGGUGCCGGAGCGGCGCCCCAGUGCCGCGGCGGGUGCCGAGCGGCGGCACAGUGGCGCCUGGGCGACAGAGCGACGCCCCAGUGGACAGAGUGCGUCUAGCGGCAUGGCAACACGGCGCCCCAGCGGCGGGGUGGCGGCGCCACGGCGCGCCAGUACCAACGGCACCGCCGUGGUGGCACCGGAGGGCGGGUCAGCAUGCUUCCGCAGCCCGCCGCGCGGUGACCUGUUUUCGCCGGGCGGUGCGUCAGGGCCCGCCGUGCUGCGCCGCCCCUCCGCAGUGGCGGCGGCGACGGCGACGGGAAGUGGGGAGGAGGAGAGGCCUGAGGAUGGCGUGGCGGCCCGGGGGUACCGGCGGGACUCCCUGGAGGUGGAGGCGCUGCUGGGGCGGCGCGUGUCCCUGUAUGACGCUGUGAUCCCUGAGGAGGGGCGCGGUGGCCCCCAUGCCAGGCUGUCCCCAGCCCGUACCCUGCGCCCCUCGCCCUCCAGGACCACCACGCCUCCCCGGACCAUGCCCUCCCGUGCCACGCCACCCCGCACCACGCCGCCGCGCACCACGCCGCCACGCACCUCCCCUUCACGGGGCACCACGCCUCCCCGCGCCUCACCGGAGCGCACGUGCCUCACGCGCGUCAACCAGGGCGUGUUGCUCACCGCCCCCAGCACCGGCGACGCGCCCCUAGACUGCUUCUUCCCGCCCCAGCAGAGCGGCAAGGAUGGCGGGGGUGACGCGGGGGGUGCCAAGCCUAGGUUCCUGGCGGUCACAGCGCUGGAGGACGUGCAAGCGGUGCGGUGUGCGGAGUUUCACCCGUCAGGAAGGUUCUACGCUGUGGGAUCUAACUCCAAGACGCUCAGGAUAUGUGCCUACCCCAAGCUGUCUGACUUGAGAGAGGACCACACCACGUACCAGCCCACAGUUCUGUACAAGAGGACCAAGCACCACAAGGGGUCUAUCUACUGUCUGGCCUGGAGUCCCCUUGGUGAUCUCAUUGCUACAGGAUCCAAUGACAAAACAGUGAAGCUAAUGAGAUUCAACCCUGAUGCCUGCAGUAUGGAUGGCCAGGAGAUCGAGUUGGCAAUGCAUGAUGGGACAGUUCGGGACAUGUGCUUUGUUGAGGACACUACCAACAAGUCCUCUCUUCUCAUCUCGGGCGGCGCUGGUGAUUGCAAGAUAUACGUGACAGACUGCGCUACUGGGACACCCUUCCAGGCUCUCUCCGGCCACACUGGCCACAUCCUCGCUCUGCACACGUGGGGCGGGGCAAUGUUUGUGUCAGGCAGUCAAGAUCGCACUGUCAGGUUCUGGGAUUUAAGAACCAGAGGAUGUGUAAAUGUCAUCACUCCCGCUGCUACUCCUACCAAGCCAGGCGCUCCUGUGGCCUCCCUGUGUGUGGACCCAUCUGGCAGACUCUUGGUGACGGGACACGAGGAUGCUGUGUGCUGCCUGUUUGACGUGCGGGGCUCCAGAAUUAUUCAAGCAUUUAGACCACACGGAGCUGAUGUCAGGUCUAUAAGGUUCUCCCCCUCAGCUUACUAUCUUCUGACUGCUGGCUAUGACAACAAGCUCGUUCUAACAGACCUCCAGGGUGACUUGACCCUGCCUCUGCCGAGCGUGGUUGUGGCGGAGCAUCAAGAUAAGGUCAUAUCAGGCCGCUGGCACCCCGCAGAUUUCACCUUCAUCUCAACUUCCGCUGAUAAGAUGUGUACAUUGUGGGCUCUUCCUCCCGUGUAGUGUGUGUGUGUGUGUGUGUGUGUGUGUGUGUGUGUGUGUGUGUGUGUGUGUGUGUGUGUGUGUGUGUGUUAGCGUGCAAUAAGAAAUAUAAUGAAUCUCUCUCUCUCUCUCUCUCUCUCUCUCUCUCUCUCUCUCUCUCUCUCUCUCUCUCUCUCUCUCUCUCUCUCUCUCUCUGUACAUAUGUAAUAUUAGUAUUAAGUUAGCUUGGCAAUCAUUAUUAUUAUUAUUAUUAUUAUUAUUAUUAUUAUUAUUAUUAUUAUUUUUUUCAUUAUUAUAUGCAAUACCAAAUAUUAUAUGCUGUGACUAAUAUAAUAGAGAGAGAGAGAGAGAGAGAGAGAGAGAGAGAGAGAGAGAGAGAGAGAGAGACUGCAUACAUAAACAAACACAACACAACACAACACAACACAACACACACACACACACACACACACACACACACACACACACACACACACACACACACACACACACACACACCCCCUAACAUAUGAUUUGAUUCUUGUAGUGGAAUUGCAAAAACUGAAUAAGGAUAAUUUCUAAGACCUUUAUAAAUGCGCCCCUUAAAAACACCACAUCUAGAUCCUGCAAAUAACAAUGAUAGUAAUGAUAAUAAUGAUGAUAAAUAAAAGAAAUAAACUCAAUAUAUAUACACAAAUACAAAACAAAUAUGAUGAGAGCGAAUACCAGCGUUCGUAAAGAGAAGCAGGACAAUUCGUAUAGCGAACCAAGAGCUAAAUGAGAUCAGUGCGCAUUCCAACGUUCGUAAAGAGAGGCAGGACAAUUCGUAUAGCGAACCAAGAGCUAAAUGAGAUCAGUGCGCAUUCCAACGUUCGUAAAGAGAGGCAGGACAAUUCGUAUAGCGAACCAAGAGCUAAAUAAGAUCAGUGUGCAUUCCAACGUUCGUAAAGAGAGGCAGGACAAUUCGUAUAGCGAACCAAACGGUAUUAGAUAAGAUCAUAUAAGGGGAAGCACCUUUAUAUCCGUGUGUAUGUAUGUAUGUAUGUAUGUAUGCGUGUAUAUAAAGCAGGGUAUGUCUACAUGUACGUUCUUACAUGUGUGUGCGUGUUUAGACGUACAUGGAAACAGUCAUAUGUACACAAAGGACCAAGAAAGCUGUUUAGGGUGAAAAUCCUUUAUAUACAGUACGAGUAGAGGCCCUUAUGCCCCCGUAGACCUGUAGAGGGUUGGUUCCUGAUGUUUAGAGGUUCAAAUCCCAUAUAUAGAGGUUCAGAUCCCAUAUAGAGGUUCAGAUCCCUUGUAUAGAGGUUCAGAAGGCUCAGAUUCAUUAUAUAGAGGGUUCAAAAUAUGUUAACGAGAUUCAGUGUCUAUAUAAAGGAAUUCAGAAUAUAUUAUGGAGGUUUAGAUUCUGUAUUUAGAGGUUUUGAUCACAUGGGUUCAUAGUAUAGGGGUUCAGGUUCCUUCUGUAGAGGUUUUGAUCACUUGGGUACAUGAUAUAGAGGUUUGGGUUCAUUCUAUAGAGGAUUUGAUCACGUGGGUUCAUGAUAAAGAGGUUCAGGUUGGUUCUAUAGAGGUUUUGAUCACGUGGGUUCAUGAUAAAGGGGUUUGGGUUCAUUCUAUAGAGGUUUUGAGUCUAAGUGGGUUCAGAGUCUUUGUAAGGGACACGUGGGUUCGUUCUAUAGAGGUUUGAGUUCAUUCUUUAGAGGUUUCGAGUCUUUAAGUGGGUUCAGAGUCUUUGUAAGGGAUCUGAUUGUCUCGAGAGUGGUUUAGAUUCCUUAUAAGCGUUUUCUAGAGCCUUUAUUAAACAGGUUCUCGUGUAAAGAAUGCCGGUUCUAACCCUUUAUAAAGAGUUGCAAGUGUUGAGACAUUCAAGUCACAAGGAGGGGAUUCAUAAUAGGUUCUGACAUUUAUGGAACCAAAUUAACCACCUUCUUAAAUGACAAAAGGUUCUUAUUGGAAGUUCUGUGUUAAGGAAGAAUUUUUUGCGUUUGUGGACUCAAAUAAAAAAAGAAUAAAUGAAGAUUCCUGUUUCGGAUUUUUAAAAAGGAAUAAAUUUAAGCGUUUGUACGUAAAAUAAAAACACUUCUUAGUAAAAAUAUUGGAAUAAAUUCAUGAAAGUAAAUGAAAUGAAGAAUUCGGGAGAAAAAAUACGAAAAUUAAGGUUUUGGUUAUAGAUUUUGAUACGAUAAAUAAUAAAAACUUUUCUAGAUUAAAAAAACAAAAGAAAAUUGCACUGCUUAGUAAAAUAGAUAAAUAAUAUAAUAGAGGACUUUGUCACAAUUAUAAAACUAAAGGUCCCAUUUACAAAUUUGAUGAGAAAAAGACUUCAACAUUUCUAGAUUAAAAAAAGGAAAAAAAAUGCAUAUCUUAGUGAAAAUGAAGGUAAAGAAAUAAACCUAAAUUAAAUGAAACGAUUCAGUCACAAUUAAACAAGAAAAUCAGAUUCCAUUUAAAAAUUUGAUACGAAAAGAUUGAAACAUCUCGAUUAAAAAAAAAAAAAGGAAAAGAAGGUAAAGAAAGCGAUUUUUUUGGUGAAAGUAAAAAACAAAACAAAAUUAAAUCAAACAAGGGAUUCAGUCACAUAAAACAAGGGAUCCAGUCACUAUAAAACAAGGGAUCCAGUCACUAUCAAACAAGGGAUUCAGUCACAUAAAACAAGGGAUCCAGUCACAUAAAACAAGGGAUCCAGUCACAUAAAACAAGGGAUCCAGUCACUAUCAAACAAGGGAUUCAGUCACAUAAAACAAGGGAUUCAGUCACUAUAAAACAAGGGAUUCAGUCACAUAAAACAAGGGAUUCAGUCACUAUAAAACAAGGGAUUCAGUCACAUAAAACAAGGGAUUCAGUCACAUAAAACAAGGGAUUCAGUCACUAUUAAACAAGGGAUCCAGUCACAUAAAACAAGGGAUUCAGUCACUAUAAAACAAGGGAUUCAGUCACAUAAAACAAGGGAUCCAGUCACUAUAAAACAAGGGAUUCAGUCACAUAAAACAAGGGAUUCAGUCACUAUCAAACAAGGGAUUCAGUCACUAUAAAACAAGGGAUUCAGUCACAUAAAACAAGGGAUUCAGUCACUAUAAAACAAGGGAUUCAGUCACAUAAAACAAGGGAUUCAGUCACUAUAAAACAAG